AUGGCCACAGCCCCCCUCCCGCCGCCCUCGCUCUCCCCUUGGAUGCUCAGGGUCAAGAUGCCCGAGGUUCAGCAGCCCCAGCGGAAGAGGCGGACCCGCCACGUGCUCCCCGCCGUCAUGAUGCGGGCCGGCACGUCCCGCGGCCUCUUCCUCCACCGCAGGGACCUGCCCGGCCGGACCAUGGACGAUUGGAAGCCCGCCCUGCUGGCCGCCAUGGGGUCCUCCCUGGGCGACCCCCGCCAGAUCGACGGCGUCGGCGGUGCCACGUCGACGACGUCCAAGGUCGCCAUAGUCGGGCCGUCCAGCAUACCGGGCGUCGACGUCGACUACACGUUCGCCCAGGUCGCCGUCGGCAAGGGCGUCAUCGACUUCAACGGCAGCUGCGGGAACAUGGCCGCCGGGGUCGGGCCGUUCGCGGUCCAGGAGGGUCUUGUCAAGCCAAAGCCGGGGCAAAGGACGAUGGACGUCCGCGUUUACAACACCAACACAAAGCGCGUCAUGGUCGAGACGGUGGAGCUGACCGAGAGCGGCGACUUUGAGGAGGACGGCGACUUCACCAUCGCCGGCGCCAAGGGCUCGGGCAGCGAGGUCAAGGUGGCCUUUGUCGACCCGGCCGGCAGCAUGACGGACAAGCUGUUCCCGUCGGACGACGGGCUGCGCGUCGAGGACGUGACGGUCGACGAGGCCGGCAGCGGCCUGCCGUCCUUCACGGUCGAGGCGACGCUCAUCGACUGCGCCAACCCGUGCGUGCUCGUGGACGCCAAGUCGCUGCCCCGGGAGGUCGGGGAAUCAGACGCAAACUCGGAGGAGUACAUGACGUACAUAGAGGCCAUCCGCCGGGCCGGGGCGGUCCGCAUGGGGCUGGCGCCCACGUGGGAGACCGCGGGUGGGUCGAGGGGCACGCCCAAGAUCAUGGUCAUCCACGCGGCGCGGGAGGCCGGCCAGACCGUCAUGGUGCAGGCCUUCAGCAUGGGAAAGCCGCACCCGACGCUGCAGAUGACGGGGGCCGUGUGCAUCGCCGCGGCCGUGUGCAUCCCAGGGACCGUCCCUGCUGCUGCCGCCGCGGGAGGAGGAGGAGGAGGAGGAGGAGGGGGUUCCAAGCAGACCGUCAACCAAGGGAUCCCGACGCCCGAGAGGACGCCGAGCCCGGCGAGCAUGAUCGACGACGACGGCGGGGACGCGCCCGCCAAGCAGGCGGCGAAGGUGAGGCGGAUGGUUCACGUGGGCCACCCGACGGGCGUCGUCAGCGUCGACGCCGUGGUGGAGCUUGAUGCCGAGGGCAAGGCGAGGGUGGACAGGGGGGUGGUGUCGAGGACGGCGAGGAGGAUCUUUGAGGGGAAUGUGCUGUACUAUGUAUAAAUUCGG